GAUGGCCGCGCUGGUGUCAUUGCAAAUGAUGCAGGUGAUCGAGUUACUCCCGCUGUUGUUGCCUACUCAGAAAAUGAAGAGGUGGUUGGAUUGGCAGCAAAGCAAAGUAGAAUAAGAAAUGUUUCAAAUACCGUCAUGAAAGUCAAGCAGAUCCUUGGCAGAAGCUCUGAUGACCCACAAGUUCAGAAAUACAUCAUGGAAAGUAAAUGUUUAGUCGUUGAAAAAAAUGGGAAAUUACGAUAUCAAAUAGAUACUGGAGAAGAAACAAAAUUUGUUAACCCAGAAGAUGUGGCCAGACUGAUAUUUAGUAAAAUGAAAGAAACAGCACAUUCUGUGUUGGGCUCAGAUGCAAAUGAUGUGGUCAUUACUGUUCCAUUUGAUUUCGGAGAGAAGCAGAAAAAGGCUCUUGGAGAGGCGGCUGGAGCAGCAGGAUUUAAUGUCUUGCGAUUAAUACAUGAGCCGUCUGCAGCCCUUCUUGCCUAUGGAAUUGGUCAAGACUGCCCUACCGGAAAAAGCAACGUUCUGGUGUUCAAGCUCGGAGGAACAUCCUUAUCUCUCAGUGUCAUGGAAGUUAACAGUGGGAUGUAUCGGGUUCUUUCAACAAACACUGACGAUAACAUCGGAGGCGCGCAUUUCACAGCAGCCUUAGCGCAGUACCUGGCUUCAGAGUUCCAGAGAUCCUUCAAACAUGAUGUCAGGGGAAACGCCCGCGCCAUGAUGAAAUUAAUGAACAGUGCCGAAGUCGCAAAACAUUCUUUGUCAACCUUGGGGAGUGCCAACUGCUUCCUUGACUCAUUAUACGAGGGUCAAGAUUUCGAUUGCAAUGUGUCCAGAGCAAGAUUUGAACUUCUGUGUUCUUCACUGUUUAAUAAAUGUAUAGACGCAAUCCGAGAUCUCUUAGAUCAGAGUGGAUUUACAGCAGAUGAUAUCAACAAGGUUGUCCUUUGUGGAGGGUCUUCGAGAAUCCCGAAGCUGCAGCAGCUGAUUAGAGAUCUGUUCCCGGCUGUUGAGCUGCUCAGCUCCAUCCCUCCUGAUGAGGUUGUCCCUAUCGGUGCCGCCACUGAGGCAGGAAUCCUUAUUGGAAAGGAGAGUGAGCUGGUGGAGGAUUCCCUAAUGAUAGAGUGUUCAGCUAGAGAUAUUUUAGUUAAGGGAGUGGAUGAGUCAGGAGCCAGCAAGCUCACCGUGCUGUUUCCGUCCGGGACCCCUUUGCCGGCCCGAAGACAGCACACUUUACAGGCCCCUGGCAGUGUAUCUUCCGUGUGCCUUGAGCUCUACGAAUCUGAGGGGAAGAACUCUGCAAAAGAAGAAACCAAGUUUGCACAGGUUGUACUCCAGGAUUUAGAUAAAAAAGAAAACGGGUUACGUGAUAUAUUAGCUGUUCUCACUAUGAAAAGGGAUGGAUCUUUACAUGUGACGUGCACAGAUAAAGAGACUGGGAAAUGUGAAGCAAUUACUAUUGAGGUUGCAUCUUAAUGUUUUAGAUGAACCAGGAAUCCUAGAACUAGAGCAUCAGCAUAUUUGUUUUAUGUAUAAGUGAUGUUUAUACUAAGAUACUUUUUCAGUGAACUGUGUAAGCUGUGUUUCAAUUAAAGUACAAUAUAUUGGUAA